AUGCCGGCAACUGUACAUUCGCCCGCCCGACGCCGUCCGCUGGCAUGCGUGCGAUGCCGGAAAGUGCGGUGCGACGGAGGGACGCCGGCCUGCUCGAACUGCGCCAGAGCUGGGGUGGAGUGUUUCGAGGGGACUCCUGGAUCGGCGGUUGCUAGAAGCCGACUGCAGUACUUGGAGAAUCGCGUUCGGGAACUGGAACAGAUUGAGCCAACGGCAAGUCCCCGACCGCAGCAACAACAUACCAACUCUCCUCCAACGCAGUUGGCCCACCAUGGUUUCCGUCACCACCACCACUCUAUUAAUGUAAAUGAUCCUCAAUCCCCUCUGGGUCGCACUACACAGACGCAUAUCACGAGCGGUGCCUCGCCUGCGGUCUCAGCGUCCAGCCGAAUCACACGAGACCAACCGUUGGCGCACGAAGUGGGCUUGCUCUCAUUGACUAAUGCAAGCGAUCCGAAGUAUCUGGGCCCUUCGUCCGGGAUCACCUUUGCCCGCCUGAUCUAUGAGAGCGUGCCUCAGUCGCAAGGGUUACCAUUGGCGUAUGCACGGCAGAAUCAACACGAGCAAGGCUUGAAUGUCCCAGCUCGAAGCCCCGUCCCCUCCGAAGUCGUGCAGGUCGACCUGCCUUCUAUGGCAGAGUGCCAGCAGUAUGCUGAGACAUACUUUGCUGCGUCGACCUUUUACCCCUUCAUAUCGCAGGAUGUGUUCUAUACUCUUUUAGGGGAGGUAUUUCGCCUCAACAAGACAUCAACGUGGGAAAGUCGACUGCCGGUGAAGUUGGCGCUAGCACAGGUGUUCUUGGUGCUUUCGCUCGGUGCAAGGUUUCUUGAGACCAAACUUGCCGGCGACUUUGGCUCUCGCAAACUGUUUACGGCAGGUAUGGGGUACGGGACGCAAAUCCAGCUCCAUGAUAGUAUUGAAGGAGUACAGAUUCUUUUACUGUUGGUACAGCAUAGUUUCUAUAGUCCGGAGGGGCUGAACGCUUGGUAUCUGCUGCAUACUAUCAUCGCCAGCUGCCUGGACCUUGGGCUGCAACGGCGUGACAAUAAUAACAAAGAGAAAGAGUCCCUAAAUCAGCGAAACAUACGGCAUCUGCGAAGUGCGAUCUUCUGGUCCGCAUAUUCCAUGGACCGAACCCUAACAACAAUACUCGGUCGCCCGCUCACGUUGCGAGACGAAGCCCUCGACCGGGAAUUUCCGGGGUUCGAUGACAACGCUGAAGUCGAAGAGGCGGCUAUCCACUGGGGUCGGAAGGGUCACUAUGAAAAUGCAGCACCGAUAGGCCCGGCCCCGUUGACCUCCUACGCCGCCUGCGUUUACUCACUUCGCUUCGACCGAAUCAUCGCAGAGAUCAAGCUGAUGCUGUACCGUGUCUCCCGGUCCCCGAGUCGCUUCCCCUGGCCGACGGACGUUAGUGCGUGGCAACAGGAGGCCCAGAGAGCCUGUAUCGUUCUCCUGAAAGAAGUACAAGACCAGCAGCCGGGCCGUCUACCAAGGGGCUCUGGUCCUCUUUCCGGAGUUACAGUUCAGCGACUGGAGCUGAAAUACCACCAAUGUAUCAUGCUUCUCUACCGUCCGAGUCCGCAAAUACUGCGGCCGAGUCUGAACGCGAUUCAAGCGUGCUUCACCAGUGCCAUGAAGACCAUCGCCAUUCACGCCGACCUCCAUCGGUUCUCCAAUAUGGAAUGCUCAUGGCUAUCGGCGCACUCGAUCUUUGUUGCCUCUAUUACGGUACUUUACUGCGUGUGGACAACCCCUGCAGUACGAGGCACGACACCGAUGGAUGUCUGUAUAAAGCGAGCGGAGGUAGCACUUCAAUUGCUCUCCUUUCUCGGGCAAACGUGGACAGUCGCACAGGAGGCUGGUCAGAAAUUAGCGAAGCUGAUCAACUCUACAAAAGAGGCACAUGAUGCUGUGCCGGCCAGCGUUUCGACUUCUGGGCACCAACCCGAUAGUAAUACCUCCAUUCGCAAUGAUCCAACGAUAUCCGCGCAAAGGUCAAGUGUAGAUGGGACGUAUCCGGAUCAAGGAGAAUCUUCUAUACCGCCUGUGGAUGGCAAAAGCUUCUUAAUCGAUGAACUGGGCAUUCUGCGCGACCUGUUCGAUCUCGGGUGGCUGGAUGAUGUAUCCGAUGGGAACCAGUCUUUCUUUGGAGCCGAAAUGGACGUGUCAUAG